UUGCGUGAACAGCAGGCUGUCAUCGGAGCUGCUAGCCGGUUGCUGCCCUAAAAAACAAGUAAAAUCUUUUGAUAAAAGCGUCGCCAAGUCGAAGUAAAAUUAGCUCCCAUAGAAAUAUGGAUGAAGACGUGCUGACGACUCUGAAGCUUUUGAUAAUUGGCGAAAGUGGAGUCGGGAAGUCCAGUCUCCUCCUGAGGUUCACUGACGAUACUUUUGAUCCAGAGCAGUCAGCGACAAUAGGUGUGGAUUUCAAAGUAAAGACACUGGCAAUAGAUGGGAACAAAGCAAAGCUCGCCAUAUGGGACACAGCUGGACAGGAAAGGUUCCGCACCCUGACCCCCAGCUACUACCGCGGCGCACAAGGAGUCAUACUUGUGUAUGACGUCACAAAGCGCGACACUUUUACGAAGCUGGGAAACUGGCUGAAUGAACUGGAGACCUACACAACACGCAAUGAAAUUGUAAAAAUGCUUGUUGGGAACAAAAUUGAUAGGGAUGACCAUGAAGUAGACAGAAAUGAGGGGCUGAAAUUUGCUAGGAAACACUCCAUGCUUUUUAUUGAGGCCAGUGCAAAGACCAAAGAUGGAGUCCAGUGUGCCUUUGAGGAGCUUGUGGAGAAGAUCCUCCAGACCCCAGGGCUUUGGGAGAGUGAAUACCAGGGUCAGAAGAUCAGUCUGGGGGACCAGGAGCACAGCAGAGGCCGAGCAUGUGGCGGAUACUGUUCCAUACCCUGAAACUGACCAAAACGAACCACUAUGAAGGAAUGACUACAGACCAGAAACAGAGAGGAAAGGGGAGAAGGAGAGGGAGGAGGAGAGGUAGAACUGGAUGAGUACUUUUUUUUUUUUUUUCUUUUUUUUUUUUUUUUUAAAGGUUGAUUGUUGGAGUAGUUCUGUCGGUCAAAAGGACUUUGCUGUUUGCACACUUCCUUUUCAACCAUCAUCUGUCACAUGUCACUACUUUCUGUUUAAAACAUGAAUGAAAGGAUCAUGCAAAAAUAGUCUCUUGUCUAAGGAAAUAUAGUGUUUUAAAUUGAUAUAACCAUGCCAAGUCCUCGUCAUAAGAGUAAAUGUCUGGUUUGAAUUUAUCUCAUUGGCAACAGUGAUUCUUUUGUAUAUUAAGGCAUCGGGUUAAUAGCGCAGUUCCUAUAACAUGAACCAAUUUGUAGGUUACAUCACAUAGCUUGUCAAAUUUUACUCAAAAUGAGUCAUUAUAAUCAAUACAGAAGUCUCCUCCACUCUUCAUUUCCUGGAAAAAGCGAGUUCCCUACUUGUACUUUGUGAGCUGUAAUGAAAACUUAUAUGUAGCUGCAGCGUUAAAGUACAAAAUGUUCUACAAGACUCAUAUGUGCGAGCUAUAUAUAUAUAUAUAUAUAUAUAUAUAUAUAUAUAUAUAUAUAUAUAUAUAUAUAUAUAUAUAUAUAUAUAUAUAAAAAUCAAUAAAUCCAGUUAUUAUACGUUUAAUAUCCAUCAAAUUGUAUCUAUGUAUAUGGGCUUUCAAAUGAACUGGUUUCCUGUUUUUUUUUUACCCCCAUCUUUACAUGGAAAGAUCCGAGACAGUUAAUGUUGUUUGUCUUUUUAGGAUUUUCUACAACCAAACCUGUCUUUUUAUGUGCAUGUCUGACCUGGACCACAACUUCCACAGCUACAAGUAUAAGGUUUACAGUAUUAAGAGCUGCAAUAAAAUGUGCUCUUUUACUUAUUUGAGUUCUCUUUUUUUUGCCUAUCUGCCCCGGUAAAAUGGCAUUUAGUCUCAGCUUGACCCUUUAAGGCUCCCCAUGUAUUUUGCAGUUUCUGUGUGGUAUUGUGGUCUAUAGGCAUUUCUCACACAUGAGUAUUCCUGAGAGCCUUGUUCCUUAUUUUCAGUAUAGUAUGGAUUUUAUGUAUUGUUGCUAUUUGUUUAAAUUCUUUCUUGUUUAAAAUCAUGUUGACCCUUUCCCCCUUUGUCCCUGAACUUUUUCCUGUUGCUUUUGCUUCGCACCUAUUUGAAUCAUAUUUAUCAAUAUGUUAUAUUAUAUCUGCCUUAACAUUGAAUGAUAUGCGAUAGAGUUAUGGUGCAAUAACGUUUGUAUUGUUUCAAACUGAAAUAAAUUACAACCUCAAGAUGCCGUCA